CUGAGACGAGUGUAAGUGUGCAUUGAGUCUAUGGACUGCACCUCCAUGACAUAACACGAGAUGAUGUUCUGCGCACUUGGCAUCUGAUGCUUUGACAAUUGGAAGGAGCCUCCUAUACGUCACCAUUGUUGUGGUCGAUCCUGAUGGAAAUGAAGAGCCCUCCCCGUAGGGUUUGCGGGAUUUUCCUGGCGAAAUAAAAGCGCGCAUCUGGACACGGUGCUUGGGUACGAGCUUAGAUUCCAGGCAGCCGCGCACAACCACCAGCUUCAGCAACGAUGAUCUCCAACAGCAUCUCUAUUUUCUGCGUGUCUUCACUUCUACUUUUAAACUUGGUCGGUGCCAAACCAGUCACCAGUUUACAGAGUCUUAAGGAGUUGUUAGAUGAAGAAGUGAACAUGCCGUUUGUGGAGUCGGGGGAGUCGGUGAUGGAGCAGAAAGAUGCGAGAUCCGAGAAGAGCGCGCUGGAUGAGCAAAUGUGGGAAUCAGAUGCGCGCAACUCUGCGCUGGCUGGAAAAGAUAGCGCCAUCGAGCGUCUUCUAGGCGACUUGCUGUCCACUUCCAAGCGCUCCUGGAGUCGAUUCAAGAAAGGCGGGAUGAGGAGCUGCUUUGGGGUCAGACUCGAAAGAAUCGGGUCUUUUAGCGGACUCGGGUGUUAAGUGGAGGUAUGUUAGGAGAUGUUGGCCAGAUAUAAACAUGGAACAUUGCUGAAACGCGUACUAGAAAUAAAAUAAGUCAUGUCUUAUUACUUUAUAUCAUGUCACUUCUUGCAGGUUGGGACUUUGAAAUACUUGACACACU